AUGGGAGACCCCUUGGGCCGCUGGAGCAGCCCCUCGAGCCGGAGCGACCACGACGACAGGUCCUCGUUCCGACCCCCCCACACCUUCGCCCGCCCCAGCGGGAAAAGCAUCUACCAGCAGCGCAAGGACUACGGGCAGACCCUGCUCCGGGCCCAGCAAGAGUUCCAGCACCACGUGGAGCACCUGCUGUCGCUGCGCCUGGAGCGGGAUUUGCGCAGCCCCGAGGAUUGUCUGGGACGGCUGAAGGCGCUGGAGGCGCAGGGAAGGAUUUGGGGGCAGGAUGUGACCCUGCAGGUCAAGGACCAGGAGCUGGUGCUGAGCGAUGUGGAGAGCAAGGAGGAGCUGGAGUCAUUCCCGCUGGGAAGUGUCCAGGGCUGCACGGCCGGGCUGGAGAACACGGUGUUGGCCGUGAGCGUCCAGGAGUGGAGCCCCCCCGGGACCACCGUGCUGCUCUUCCAGUGCGAGCGGCCGGGGGCAGAGGUGCUGAGGACCAGCCUGGAGAAGGUGCUGCGGCAGCGCAGGGAGGAGCAGAGGGGCCAUCACGGCUACAGGUGCCCCGGACCUCCCCCCGGUGCCCCGGGCCAACCCCCCAGCCCAGCUCACGGCCGAGGUGGACCGAGAUGUUCACCCACCGGGCCCCCCCCGCGCCCACAGGAGGUUCUGAACCACGUCCUGCGGGACCUGGAGCUCUUCGUGGCGCAGCUGAAGGUGUCCCCGGGCUCCCUCAGCCACAAGAAGAAGAAGAAGAAGGAGAAGAACCCGGCGCUGCCCCCAAAGGAGGACUUCGAGCAUUUCUUCCAGAAGGUGAAAUACGCCCUGAACCUGCUGGGCCGGACCCACCGGCACGUGCAGGACCCCGACCCCGCCGAGCUGCUGCGGCUCAUCUUCUCGGCCCUGACCUUCGUGCUGUCCCGCUGCCCCAGCCCCGGCCUGGCCCCCGCCGUGGAGACCCCGCUGCUGCUGCCGGAGGCGCUGGAACUCCUGGAGCAGAGCCUGGGAGAUGACGAUUACGGCACCUGGAAGAGCCUCGGCACCGCUUGGAACAGGGCCAGGGCCGAGUACCCCAACGGCGCCCAGGUGCCCGGGUACGUGCCGGUGUUCUCGGACGGGUGGCUGCCCCCCCCGAGGGAGCAGGAGCGGCCCGGGGGGCUCCAGGACCCCCCGCCCCCCGCCUCAGGUGCCUCAGCUCGCCCGGGCCCCUCGCCCCUGUCCGCGCCCCCCGCCCAGGACCCGCCCCCCAGCCCCCCCGGCCCUGCCCAGGGGCUGUUCCGAGCCCUCUACGACUUCCAGGCUCGGAAUUCCCAGGAGCUGAGCGUCAGGAAGGGGGACACACUGCAGGUCCUGAGCCAGCAGAAGAAGUGGUGGCUGGUGCAGGACGAGCGCGGGGACCGCGGGCACGUCCCGGGCAACAUCCUGGAGCCCCUCCCGGAGCCGGGGCGCGGGGGGGGACCCAGCGCCGGCCAGGACAGCCCCCCCCCCCUGCGCCCCGACUCCACCCCGGCGGAGGUGACGGCCUGGCUGGCGGACAAGGGCUUCUCGCGGAUCACGGUGCGGAGCCUGGGGGUGCUGCGGGGGCAGGAGCUGCUGCAGAUGCGCCCCGAGGAGCUGCGGGCGGUCUGUCCCGAGGAGUGGCGGAGGGUCCUCUUCAAGCUGUCGGCCGCCAGGACAUCGCUGGAGGUGGGGGACCCCCUGCCCUGA